AUGCAUGCACCAAUUUCGGCCGUGAUCGGUGAUGCCGACAGGCGUUUCGGUGUGAACAGUGAGUUGGGGAAGAAAGCGAUUGUGUCAAGUGGCGCCCUAGUUUGGAUGGGAAGCGUGGUUGCAGUGAGGGCGAUUAACGCAAUUGUGCAUGUAUUGUGUGUGCCACUCCUCGCUUCGAAGUGUCGAACAACUCAAAAGCCUCCUGAUUACACGCCCAAAGUAGCUGCGACACGGAUGAAGACGUGUGUGGAAGGUUACUCCAUCACGCUGACUGAGAUGGCGUUGAAUUCUGGCACGAAGGUGUGUGGCUACUUCCACCGAAUCGUUCUCCGCUUUUACUUAACUCUCCACGCUUUGAAGUACAAAUACAUUUUGCUGUGCCAAUCGUUCCAGUCGCAUGAGCUCACACAGGUGAAAUCGCCAAUGGGAAGGGUGGGAGGGCUUCUUAUUCUGCCCAUCCUCCUCUGCUCUGCCCUGCCCUCCAUCGCCACACAUUCUGCCCACCUCUAUGCUACUACACUUACCAAUCUCCCAGCCGAUUUCGCCACUUCUAACUGUCUCAUUUCCUCCCACCUCGGUGAUGCUUUCAAACACACCUCCGCGUACACUUCUAACACCCUCUUCUCUGCUAACCCAUCACGCCUUCGGCACUCCCUCACCGCACCUCAUCCCCUGCACAUCCCAUGCCACCAGCACUCAACUGUUGCCCACUUCCGCACAUUCAACACCAUUAACGACACAACGACCUUCCCAAUUCCGCAUUCUUCUUGUCUUACUGGACACAGGGCGACGCGAUCAAUUCCUCCUGUCCAUUCCUAA